ACCAUUCGAGUAUAUGGUCCUAUCAACUAUCAUAGCUAAUUGUGUUGUUUUAGCGAUGGAAGUUCAUUUGCCAAAUAAAGAUAAACGUCCAUUAUCUGAAAAAUUAGAAAUCACUGAAAACUACUUUUUGGGAAUUUUCACCUGUGAAGCUUUCUUGAAAAUUAUUGCAUUAGGAUUUAUUCUACACAAUGGAUCUUAUUUAAGAAAUAUAUGGAAUAUUUUAGAUUUCGUUGUUGUAGUCACUGGAUUUCUUACAAUGUUCAUGACAAGUGGAAGUGGAGUGAAUUUACGAACACUUCGAGCUGUACGUGUACUACGUCCUCUCAAACUAGUAUCAGGUGUACCAAGUCUUCAAGUAGUUUUAACGUCGAUUAUCAAAGCAAUGGCACCAUUAUUACAAAUUGGAAUAUUAGUAUUAUUUGCUAUAUUAAUAUUUGCAAUUGUUGGAUUAGAAUUUUACUCUGGUGUCUUUCAUGUAACAUGCUUUGAACAAAAUAAUCCAACGGAAUUGCCAAGUUUCAUACCAGAUGCACCUGGUUUAGUACCAUGUCAACCGGUGGAUACGCAUACACGACCACCAGGAGCAUUUGUUUGUCCAAGUGGUUAUAUAUGUAAAGGUUAUUGGGAGGGACCAAAUUAUGGCAUAACAAGUUUCGAUAAUAUUGGUUAUGCAAUGUUAACAGUAUUCCAGUGUAUUACAAUGGAAGGAUGGACAGAUGUACUAUAUAUGACGAAUCGAACAUAUGGGUCACGUUUCAACUGGAUUUAUUUCAUACCUUUAAUUGUAAUUGGAGCAUUUCUAUUGAUCAAUUUAGUACUUGGUGUUUUAAGUGGGUAAGUUGAAUCAUAUCUCACUAGUGUAUAUUCUACGUUCCAAUAUUCGCUGAACUGAAUGGUGGUAG